AUGGCGGCGGGUAAGAAGCUUUCAAUUUGCGCUCUUCCAAAGGGAUUGAUGGAUCUUGAGGUAGAUUAUCGUUUGGUACAAGGCAUGAGCACUCCGAUAUUCGGGGAGCACCAAUCGAUCUUGCAGGAGGAAUCGAGAAGUGGCAAGACUUAUGGGUCUCGAGACAAUGCCGGUGGAGACAUGGGUGACAUGCUUAAGAGGAACGGCUGUUCGUUGGAAAGGGUAAAGAUGAUAGAAGCUGUCUCGCGCAAACUCUCGAGACACAGUCGCAAGAAACUGGCCAGUUUUCAAGAGCCACAAAGUCAGUGCUGGGCGAGACUUUCCGGGAGGGUAACACCGAAUUACUCUCCGAGGGUUACGCACCGAUCCCGGCAGCUUUUGGAAGCGAUGCGGUCUCUCGAGCCGAGUAAGGACAGCUUUCUCCAGUUUGAAAGUCCAGUGGAGCCUGUGAAUGAGGAGCCUUUGAAGACGCCAACUCUUCUCCAUCUCUUGUUGAACGGACAUGAAGGGCAACGUGCUGAAACUCGAAAGAAAGUCUCUAUUGACAAUGGUUCGACGAGGAUUACAAUUUCACGAGAAGGUGAUGAUCAACAAGCCGCACUCUCCAGAUUUUCGGGGGAAACAACCAGCAACAAAGUCUUUGAAACGCAACCGCGAUUUCACAGGGAGGAGUUUGAGCCCGACUCUCCAGCCAGGGAGAAAGUACUGCACGCUGUCACCGAAACCAAAACGCAGCAGCAAUCUGCCAGGGAGUUCGUUAUACAUCGCCUCAGAGAUGGCUCCAAGGAUGCGAAAGAAAUCGCUCAAGAGAUCGCCAGGAAGGCUCGGGAGAGUGCUUUCAGAGACGUCAGCUCGCAUUUGCCUUCGCCGGAACGGACGCCACUGGACAUCCAAGACGCUUCCACUCCGACGCUGAGACGAUAUAUCAGUUGCCACCAAAGUUUGGAAAGUGCGAAUCUUACGACUUCUUCACCAGCAUACCAAACGACGCCAAUAAAACUUUCGAGAAAGCAGGCUCUGGUGGACGAAGACCGGCCUGGAGACACGCUAGAACAGAGAACCUUUUCUGAAGAUUAUGAUACACGACUGGCGCCUCAAGUUGAAAUCGUAGAGGCCACUGGAAAUGCGAGCGAGACGUUGCAGCAGACAAGUCCAGUAUCUAUUUUGGAACUUCGCAAAAGACACUCGGGAGGUAAUGCUACCUAUGAACAAGGUUUCUUUUAUCUGAAUUAACGUGGCGUCCUUGCAGAAACUCGUCGAUUGUUAAAAGCACCGAAUCGGGGAGUAAACACAGAGAAACCUGUGGCUGAUACUCGUCUAGCAGAUCUUGUCUACG